GGAGGCGGAUGGGGAGGUCCGUACUUACACCAACACAGACGAAGCGGCGGCUCCCAGGGGCCGGGGCCGGGCGCACCCCCCCGGACAUGGUCACGGCGGCAGCAUGGGGCUGCUGGCUGCGGUGCUGCUGGCUGCUCUCCUGCCUGGGAUUGCUGCCCGGGGGGCUCAGGCGCUGUGGCCGGAUGAACCCUCACACACCUGCUCCUUCCAGAGCCUCAGUGGCAAGGACAGCGAGUUCUGCAGAGGCAACUUAGAAGUCAUCUACCCGGAGCUGGGCGACGUGGGCUGCACCUACAUCCCCAGUUGCCACCAGUCCCGUUGGCGCAUCAGCAGGGAGUGGGGCAGCCCCCGGGUCCGCUACCCGCGGGCCAACAAGAGCAAGAAGUACGUGCUGAUGCUGGUGGACCCCGACGCUCCCAGCAGAGCCAACCCCCGCAGCCGCUUCUGGAGGCAUUGGCUGCUCACCGACGUUCCCGGCGCAGAGCUGAGGAUGGGGGAGCUCAGAGGGCGCGUGCUGACGGAGUACGCCCGCCCCACACCGCCGCCCCGCAGUGGGUACCACCGCUAUCAGCUGCGCCUGUAUGAGCAACCCGAGGGCGGACGCAUCAGGUUGGGCCCUGAGGAGCGCAUCUCUGCGGGCUCCUGGUCGCUGGAGAGCUUCGUGGAGCGCUUUCAGCUCGGCUCCCCCGUGGCCUCGACUCAGUUCCUCACCAAACACCACGAGGAUUAGAGGGGCGCAGAGCCCGCAGCGCUCCCGGCCUCCUCCAAACCCCAAAUCCCUCUGCGCAACACCGCCGCGGGGUUCCCUUUGAGGUGCCCCACCUCGAAGCUUUGCCGUUUGCUGAACUCGACCAACGGAUGCCCGUGGGGUCUUUGCAUCCAUCUCUGAGCUGUGGCCGCCGGGUCCCGAUGUCACCGAGCGGUGGCACUGGGAUGCAGUGUGGGAGCCGCCGUGGCUCCAUCCGCGCUCUUCUCUUGGAAAGCAAAACCGAAAUUAAAGCUGUAAAUCAGAAGA